UGCAGCAGUUGCGCGCGCUGUUGCCCAAGCUGAACCAUCCUCGACAACGACAAUAACAACUAUUUAUGGGUUGUGACUGGUCCAAGGCGCUGGACAGCGAUGUGCAAACCAAUACGUUGCAGCAGCUGCAGGCGGCGGAGGCGACGCCGCGUGCCAAACUGCGUCGCCGCCAGGAGAAGAAGCGUCAGCGCCAAUUGGCCAAGCUGCAAAAGCGGAACGCGCGAAAGCGGCGACAUCAGCAGACGGUCAGCGGAGGCGACUCCCGCUGUGGCAAAGCCGUCAAUCGAUUGCCACGUGGCAGCGUUAGUCUACGUGGCAGCCACAAUCUGGCGCCGCAGCUGCGACUGUUUGGUGGCAGCAACGGAAGCAGCGCCACCGAAUGCGUGAGUGCGUUAUAUGCCCGCACCCUGGAACAGCUGCGAGAGGAGCAUCAGCGCACCAUCGAGCACAAGACACGGCAUCAGCUGGAGCGGCAGCUGCACACAUUCCUCCUGAAUCAACUGCUGCUCGGCAUGCAGUUCUUUGGCCACUUUGAGCACGAGAUGGCUGCCAUCGAUGAGCAGCUGCUGGCCAGGCAGCGCAACUCUGCCCAGACACUAACCGAGCACAGUCUCCUCCAUGCCAGCGCCAUCGAUGAGGCAGUGGCCAAGCGGCUACUCUUCAAUCCCACAGCUGGGCCACAGCGUCAGUUUGGCGCCACGUCGGGAAAGGCCCAUUCGCCGCCACAGCCGCUGCAGAGGAUGCUGACCUAUGUGGUGUUCGAUAACGUGGAUGUUGCGCGGGCGAACGAUGCCAACUAUGAUUCGAUAGCCGCACUGUGCAAGGUACUGCUGGAGACGGACUACUACAAUACGACACCCUGUCGCCGGCAGUAUGUACGGCUGCUGGAGCAGAGUCGUUGGUUGGGCUAUGUGCGUCUAAAGUUGCGCGAACCGACGCCAACGCAGCAGCAGCGGCGCAUUUCGAGCCCAAGCAGUCCCAGCAGUGACGAGGGAGGUGACAUUGACACUGGUGUCUACACAGAUGGCAGUUCCGGUUAUAGCACUGGGAAUGGAACUGCCGCCAGUUUGGCAUCCGGCUCUGUAGCUGGUAGCUGGCGUGAGGGUGACUAUGAUCAUGUGUAUAUAGCUCGCUUGAACACACAGCGGCCAAUGGAUGAGCUAACGCUUAAGCUGGAGCGGGAUGCACUGCAGCGUAAUGUGCUGCCCGAGGCAUGCGUCUGCCGUUUGGCCAGCUGCCUGCCUGCCUGGCUGGAGCAGAGCGAUGAUGACGACGACGACAACGAGGACGAUGAUGAUGAUGAUGAUGAUGGUGGAGAUGACGUGAACAGUGGCAGUGAUGCAGGGGCAAAGGAUCAGCAGGACGAGGAUCAACAGCAGCAGCGAACAGAGAGCAAUCGGAGCGGAUAUGAAACGGUGCAGAUAUUGAGACAGUGCCGCGUGGAACAGCAUCGACGUCGUGCUCUGCUCCAGCAAUGCUAUCUAAGCUCAGAGCAGUUCAUGAACUAUUUUGGUGAGUUGCUGCGCCAACAGUUGGCCCCGGAGCUGGGCAUUAGCCAGAAGCAGCUGUCUGCUGGCAGCUAUCGCGGCUGCACCAUUUAUACGGCGACGGAGGAGCUGGUGCCCGCCAUUCAUGUGCCGCACACCUGGCCGGAUUGCGCCUUUGAGUUCAAUUUGCGCGCCCGACCACAGCUGACGAACGUCCACACGGGCGACAAACAGGAAUGGCCGACGAUGCUGAUGCGCAAGCGGAUCCAAACGUUUGGCUACCAUGUGGUGCCAGUGGGUUAUACGCCCAAGCGUUCGCGCAAUCCCUUCCGUGAGCUGGAGUGGCGCAUUGUCUUUCCGCAGGCGGAGCUGUAUCUGGAGCGGCAGCUGACGCGCAUGCAGCUGAAGGUGCUGAUGCUGAUGAAGGCACUGGUGCGCACCUUCAUGAACGACAAGUGCCAGGCAAUGGGUCACAUCAUGGAGCAGCUGCGCACGCAUCUCUUCUGGCAGUGCGAGCGGCACAGCAACGAUUGGCCAGACGAGUUCCUCGGCGAGCAGCUGAUACGCUUUGUGCGCACCUUCGCCGACUGUUUGGCCAAGAAGCAGCUCAGCGACUUCUUCAUUGAGCGGCGCAAUCUGUUCGAGCAUGUGCCAGAGGAUGCACUCAUGGAGCUGCGCUCGAUUAUGGCGGGCAUUGCCGAGCAGCCGCUGGUACAUCUGCUGCAGGCGUUGCGCAAUCUGCAGCAUGCGGAUGACUUCUAUCCCAAGCUCAACUAUGAACGGCUGCUCGAGAAUCUGGUCACGCCGGACUAUCUACAGCUGCGCAGCUGGGCAAAGUUUGCACGCACCCAGCUGCCCGCCGUCAAGCAGGAGCAGCUGGAGCAGUUGACGGCUCAAGUGGAGCGUCGGGCGAGCAGUGCUGAGGGUCUGCUGGGCAUGCGCAUGCAUCAGGAGCGGACGCGCGGUAAACUGCGCCGCAAGACACAUAUGUUGCGGGCCCAGCAGCUGAAGCAGCUCGCCGAACAGCGACGCUGCUCCGAGGACUCGUUGCAUGCAUGCCGGGACAUGCCGCUACUGAUGCGACGAGCAUCGCAGACAUCGCAAACGUCCAGCCGGUCAUCGAUUAAAUCGGAGGGCAGACCGCAACUGAACGAUGGCAUUGAGAUACUGAGGCGGACCAAUCUGCUCGAGCUGCUGCUGGACCACAUGCUGGCCAUGUUGGCCAAGGCAGCGGAGUUUCGCAAUGCCCAGCAUGUCCAGCUCUAUUUGGAGCACUCGCAGCGUCUAUGCCGGCUCUAUCAGCAACUGGGCUGCACCCAGUAUGCCAAGUACUAUGCGGAAGCACUCUGCCAAGCGGCCAGCGGCUUUGAACGGGCCACAACCCGCUGCAGUGGCAACAGUAACACAAAUCCCUCUCCCAGUCGCAGUGGAAGUCCCAGUCCCAGCCUCAGAGUCAGCGUCAGUUCCAGUUGCCACUCAAGUCCCAUGCGACGCAAAUCGCUCAAGUUCGUGGAGCAUGUGGUGCAGAUGCACACGGGUGAUAUAAUGCCACUGCAGAGCGGAAGCACUGCAACGCUAAGCACGACCAGAAGGAGGAGCUCAUCCGCACUGACGCUCAAUGAGAAUGACAUCGCCAUUGUCGAUGCACAAGUGGAACCGGUGGCAGAACCAGUGCCAACCACCAGCACAGACACUCCCACCAAGGAGGUCAGCCAAUUGCUGGGCACGCUAAUGCAGCGUCUGCAAAUCGAUCCGAGUGCACUGCAAACGAUUAGCACCAAGACGGAGCAACUGUUGCAAACGCUGGCCCCGGAAUCAAGGCGCGACGAUCUGCGCGAGAUGCUCAAGCGCAAUACGCAAAAGCUGAAGAGUGCCUUCAAUUAAAACGACAAUUGGAAAAACACACACACAUAUUACACAGAGUCAUUUCCAAAUUACGGAAAUGCGUUUUUAUCUUUCUUCAUUUGAAGUCACGUCUCUCGUCGAGCUCGUAGUAUCCACUUAAGUAUCAUUGAGAUCAAAGCAAUCAAAAUAACCCUUCAGAGCAUGUCCGAUAAGCUACUUUUGUCCGCUUUCAAUCUUGAUUACUCGUGUAAUCAUGUAUUAUAUAUGUAUAUAUAUAUAUAUGUAGUCCGAUCAUAAGCCCAAGUUUUUUCAUUGUUAAUAUGGAUCUCUCGUUGUACAUUCAAAUAAUACAAAACUAUUCAUUUUUAUUUUUACACUUCAAAUGUGCUAUUCGCUGGCUGCAGAUCAAGUAGAAAUAUAUCGGAGUAUAUAAAAAUCAGACAAAAAACACUUGACCAAAUGUAUUUAUAUUAAUUUUUCUAUUACGAGCAAUGCAAAUAAAACAAUCUAAUAAAUGCCCUCAUACUUUUUAUUGCAC